UCUCUCGUCGAUGGUUUUAGUCACGUUUCAUAACCUUCUGUGCAUGUAUACAAUAAUAUAAACAAUGAUCGAAGAUUGUAUGUUACAAACUUAUAAAUAAUCUAUAUUUUGUAGAUUUUUCUUAUAAUUGUACAUCGUAAAAUUACACCGCUGCAGCUUCAUUGUGACAGCUGUUGUAAUUUUAUUUUUACUUGUAAAUUUGACGUUUACAGUGUAUUUCUUAUGAUCUAAAGUAUGUCAACCGAAGAAGCGACUCGCAACACAACAUUACAGGCUGUAGAGGAAAAUAAUCAGUCUGUAACCAGUACAUCGCAACAUGUUGGAAAUAGCAGAGAGCCAAAUAAUGUCAGACCUCAGGAACAAAGUAGCAGGCAAAAUAAUCUUCAAAGAAUACAACAAAGAAAACAACAAAUGUUGAAUUUGCCACAAAUGAAAAAGAUUUUAAAAAUUGCAACAUACAGUGCAUGUAAAGUUGAAGAUUGCAAAUGCAUAGGCUGGAAAAAUCCUCAACUAUUAAUCAAAUCUCCUAAAACCGACUCUCAACAACCCAUUAUAAAUUUUUUUGAUCCAUGCAAAAGUUGCACUCAUGUUUUGGAAAAUCAUGUUUCUCAUUUAACCAAUCAGUCUGAAGAGGAAAUCAACAAAUUAUUGUGUAUGGUUAUCGAUGCUGAUAAUAUUUUCUUAGGGUUACAGAAAGAAGAAGACCCUGACACAAAGAAAGUGUAUUUUUACUUAUACAAACUCUUAAGGAAAUGCAUACAGUCUAUGACAAAACCUACAAUAGAAGGUCCGUUAGGGCAACCACCGUUUGAAAGACCUAGCAUAGCAAAAGCAGUAAUGAACUUUGUAGCGUACAAAUACGGGCAUUUGCCGCAAAGGGACAUGCAAGCUAUGUGCGAUAUGGCAAAAAUGUUUCUGCAUUGUUUGAACCAUUGGAACUUUGACCCGCUCAGUGCUCGAAGGGGUACAAUUAGCGUGGAAGAUGCUCCUGCUUAUAAAAUUAACCACACGCGUUGGUUAGUUUUUUGCCAUAUACCAGCAUUCUGUGACUCUUUGCCCCAUUAUGACACAUCCUUAGUGUUUGGUAGAACGUUUGUUCAAGCCAUCUUUAAACCAGUUUCCAGACAAUUGCUAGAUAAAUGUCAUAGCGAACGAGAUAAACUGGCACCAGAAAAGAGAGUAAUAGUAUUAACACAUUUUCCUAAAUUUCUCUCAAUGCUGGAAGCAGAGAUUUAUUCUGAUAAUUCGCCCAUCUGGGAUCCUGACUUUAAGCAAGUGCCUCCCACUUAUUUGCAAACCGCAUUAGAAUCAAAAGCAAAUCAGGGAAGAAGAACCGGCGAAUUCGAGAAAGUUACCGUUGCUCCGAAUGAGAAGGAUAACUAUACGACAAUUAACAUAAGUCCCGGCAUGAAGAAGAUUCAUGAGAAAAGGUCACAUUCCGAAGGGCGUUCAGACGUGAAAAGAAGAAAAAAUGAAGAAAUUUUCGAAGAUUUGCCAGAAGAAACUGUCGCUGAAAUUGUAGCGACCAUUAACGAUCCCAAUUAUAUGUGUGGACCGGAUGCUGUCUUUCCACCGAAUGUUCCGCGAGAUGAAACUGCUAAGAUCGAAGAGAGCAGAAAAAUUAUUGAAUUUCACGUUGUUGGGAACAGUUUGACGCAGCCAGUGUCCAAGCAAACGAUGCUUUGGCUAAUUGGACUGCACAAUGUAUUCAGUCAUCAGUUGCCUAGAAUGCCGAAAGAAUACAUAUCCCAAUUGGUUUUCGAUCCGAAACAUAAAACACUGGCUCUAAUAAAAGAUGGUCGGCCGAUCGGUGGUAUCUGUUUCCGAAUGUUUCCUACACAGGGAUUCACGGAAAUAGUGUUUUGCGCUGUUACGAGUCAAGAACAAGUCAAAGGCUAUGGUACACAUUUAAUGAACAUGCUUAAAGAUUAUCACAUAAAGAAUAAUAUAUUACAUUUCCUCACUUUCGCUGACGAAUUUGCGAUUGGAUAUUUCAAGAAGCAAGGGUUCAGCAAAGAUAUUAAGAUACCGCGGUCGAUGCAUCAAGGAUAUAUCAAGGACUACGAAGGUGCCACAUUAAUGCACUGCGAGUUAAACGCUAAAAUUGUGUACACCGAGUUCACAGCCGUUAUAAGGAAACAGAAAGAGAUUAUAAAAAAGUUGAUUCAUCAAAGACAGCAAGAAAUCCAAAAGGUUCAUCCCGGUUUAACGUGUUUCAAGGAAGGCGUCAGAGGUAUUCCCGUGGAAUCUAUUCCCGGUAUUCGGGAAACUGGUUGGAAAAGUUACGCUCAAACGAGGACGAGAGGGGUAGCCAAAGGAACUCAGGGGCCAGAACCAAUGGAAGCAUGCUUGGAUAUUACCGAUUCUUUAUACAACGCUUUAAAGAAUGUGUUGAAUAGCGUGAAAAAUCAUAGCACUGCGUGGCCAUUUUUAAAACCUGUCGACAAGAACGAUGUGCCAGAUUAUUACGAUCACAUUAAAUAUCCAAUGGAUCUCAAAACCAUGACUGAUCGGUUGAAGGCACGAUAUUACGUAACAAGAAGAUUAUUUAUUGCGGAUAUGACACGAAUUUUCACAAACUGUCGUUUAUACAACAGCCCUGAUACAGAAUAUUAUCGAUGCGCUAAUGCUUUAGAAAAAUAUUUUCAAACAAGAAUGAAAGAAAUUGGCCUUUGGGAUAAGUGAAAUUUGUUACAUAUGGAAAAAAUAAUAUAUAUAUAUAUAUAUAUAUAUAUUAUCUAAGAUGUAAUUGUUUCUCGUAUGUGCGUUUACUUGUAAAUAUAUAGAACUUUCUGAACUGUACUUCGGUCUAGAUUAAUAGAAAAAGGAAAAAUAUUUAUUUAUCUAUAUGUACGUGGCAGUAUUUGCUUUUACAUAAGAUUACAGUUCAUAAAAUUGAAUACUUUUAGUCAUAUUUGAUUCUCUAUAUUUUGCACUUUAAGGAACUGUUGAAAAUAGGAUAUACAGCAAAUUAAGACUAAAGUAGGUACUUAAUUUCACGGCCUAAUUAUAAGCAUUACCCGAACAGUUAAUUAAGAAAUGUAAUACACCGAUUAUAAUGAGGCUUUUGCCCAGUGGUUAUUCUUUGGAACAGUGAAUUCUUAAAAUGCGUUAAUUCUGGGAGUCCUGGCAAGCCGAAACUUCUGUUUUCUGUAAAUAUAGAAGCGAUGUAAUCCGAGCGAAAUAAAUUUUAAAAUAAAGCGAAUAUUGAUAUAUAUAUAUAUAUAUAUAUAUAUAUUCUGUUUUACAUCUACAAGGCGUU